AUGUCUGGAAAAUUCGAGCCAAAGGAGCCGGUCAAUCUGAACCCUCCAAAGGACGACCCCAUAACUGUGGAGCAUCUUUCAAAGUGCAAUGGCAAGAUACCCCGCGCUUCGCAAGCACUGACGGCUACCCGUGUUACGUUGCUAUCAAAGCAAGGUGUCGUUUUCGAUGUGAACGGCAAAGAGCCUUACCUCCCAGGCGGUUCCUAUAGCGUCUUCUCCGGCCACGAUGCAUCCCGGGCCCUCGCGAAAACCUCCACCAAGGCGUCCGACGUCUCUCCCGAGUGGUUCGAUCUGGACGAUAAAGAGAAGGGCGUCCUGAACGAUUGGUACACAUUCUUCAGCAAGCGCUACAAUAUUGUCGGCAAAGUCGCCGGCGCGACAAACUUCGAUCCGUCGCUCUGA